CUUCCAGCAGCUGCCUCCACUGCUCUGUGCUGGGACCAUGGAACUUCCCCUGCUGUGCUUCUUGGUGGCAUUUGCUGGUGUGAUUCCAGCCCAGGGUGGGAUCCUGAACCUGAACAAGAUGAUCAAACAAGUGACCGGGAAGGUGCCCUUCUUCUCCUAUUGGCCCUACGGCUGUCACUGUGGAAUCGGUGGCAGAGGUGAACCCAAAGAUGCCACAGACUGGUGCUGCCACGCCCACGACUGCUGCUACAGUCACCUGAAGGGCCAUGGCUGCCGCACCCACUUGGACCACUACAGAUACACCUUUUCCCAGGGGACCGUCCAGUGCUCUGACAAGGGGAGCUGGUGUGAGCGAGAGCUGUGCGCCUGUGACAAGGGGGUGGCUUUCUGCAUGAAGCGGAACCUGGACAGCUACAAGAAGCACCUGCGUUACUACUGGCGGCCGCACUGCAAGGGCCAGACCCCAGUGUGCUAGGAGGAGCCCCCUCACCCGUCCCUGCCCUGCCCCCCCAUCUUGCACUCCUUCAGGACUGCUGAAUUCUCCUCCCGCAACCCCCCAAAGGAUCUAAUCCUCAAACCAGCCUGGCUCUUUUAAAACACUCUAAGAAGAGGGAGGGUCUUGGCUUACUCCCAUCUCUGAGAUCCCACAGCACUUUAGGAAUGGGUCUGCCACUUGCCAAGCUCUCCCUUGAGUGGCAUGUAAUUAGCCAGACUGCUCUGGCCUUCUCCGACCAGACUGGAGCUCCCAGAGGAUGAAGGCCGCAUCAGUCUCAUCUUCAUUUCCUCUGCUCCUCCAUGUACCAGGUGCUCAAGCAAUGCUUUUGGACCAGAGGAGCCCAUAAUGGAGAGAUGGAAGUGGUGGCAGGUGGUAUUGGUGCCCUACUCAGUUCUCCUCCUGGCCCAGGUCCCCAACCCCCAGCUAAGCCAGGUGUUUGCUGCCAAGUGCUCACAACUGCCACCUUCUCUUGAGGAUUGAUUGCCCUUGGCUGUUGGGAGCUACCAUGCUCAUCGCCCAUCCCAUGCCACCCACCCACCUCUAACCAAUGAGUAGGGAGAAUAGUACCACAGAGGGAAUUAUUAACCUCCCUCUUCCUCUUUCAGGACCAUCUGGGUGGUACACUGCAUGCCCCAGAGCUCCUUGUAGGAUCGGGCUAGACGUCUUGCUUUGUCCACUGGCAUAGCCUGUUUUCCUUGUUCCCUUACAGGUUUCUCCUGAAAGCACUCCCUCAAUAAAUCAUUCACUUGCACA